AGAGGCCAUGUUAUGAAGUAACAUUCAAUCUUAUAGGUAUUACAAACAUGUCGAGGUUAUUAAUUCUGAUUGUUUUUGUAUUAAAUUGUGAAGUUACAGUAUGUGGGGAAUGCACUGAUGGGUUUAUCAGGCACGGGGACUCGUGCUAUCACUUCAGUCGUGACACAGAAACCUGGUUUGAUGCCCUGAUUUCCUGUGAAAAGAUUUACGGUGGCCAUCUUGCCGAAAUAGCUGACGCGAAGGAGAACAUGUUUCUACUCAAAGAGGUUGCAGCCCUUGGAGACCGUUAUUGGAUAGGCGGUAGUGAUCUUCAGGUAGAUGGCGAGUGGAAAUGGUAUACGUCAAAUAGUGACAUCACGUAUAGCACGUGGUAUCCUGGAAACCCUAGUGGUGGCACGGAGGACUGCUUGGAAAUUGUGCAUGGCCCUCACGGAACAUCGUGGAAUGAUCUGACGUGUCAUACAUUCAUAAAAUAUAUAUGUGAAAAACCAGUAAACGAUGAACAGAUCGUAGUUAUGCCUGUGUUACCGGUGUUUAUGGCUCUUCUUGCCCUGUGCUGCCACACACCAGUACUAGGUCAAUGUGGUGAUGGGUUCAUCAAACAUGGUGAUUCAUGUUACCACUUCAGUCAUGAUACAGAAACAUGGCUAGAUGCCGAGAUUUCCUGUGAAAAACUCUACAGUGCUAAUCUUGCCGAAAUAACAGACGCCAGUGAAAACAAUUUUAUCAUAAAUGAAGUUAACUCCCUUGGUUUUCCUUACUGGGUUGGUGGAAAUGACCUUCAAGUCGAAGGUGAAUGGAAAUGGUUUACGUCCAAUGAAAAGGUCACAUACAGCACGUGGCACCCUGGUAACCCAAGCAAUAGCGGUGGUAAUGAAAAUUGCAUGGAGAUUCUUGACGGCGAUGGUUCUGGGCCAAAAAAACCUCUGUGGAAUGACAAGGUUUGCCAUGCUUUCCAGAGAUACAUUUGUCAGAAGACAGCGUAAGUUUUUUGUUUUUGU